CUCUCUCUCUCUCUCUCUCGUUUUCGCGUCUAAUAUACAACAUUACUACAUUUUAGCUUUUUCAUGUGUAUACACCAGUAGUAUUUACAUGUUCCUAUUUCGGGUAAUGUUUGUUUGGUAGUUUGAAGCUGGACAAUCCUACUUCAAACGCAAUGCUUCAUAUAUUCUAAUUUUCUGUGGCUUCCAACAUUCAUUCCUACUACCAGUACGACCUGUGGCUUACUUUCUCUCUCUCCUCUCCCAAUCUUCACAUUAUCUCUGUAAUUCCAAACAUAGGGCUAAAUCUCAUCUUCAGAUCAGAGCUUGCUUUCCUAUUUCAUUCUUCUACUUCUAAUUUUCUCAUGUAUUUUAGUUGCAUAAAAGGACUGUUUGAUUAGCGUUUUUCAACUGCUUUUUCUUACUUUUUGACCCAAAUUCUGACUAGAAUUUUAAAAUUGCAUAAGGUUAUAAUUAUUUCAUACUGGGUUUCCUAUGAAUGCAAUUAUUUUCAGGUUGUUGUUCUUCUUGUAGUGUAAGCUGGUUGAGAUGGAGGGCAAAAUUGAUGCCAAAACACUGCUUGAUUAUGCUGAAUUUCAAAUUUUUCCAAGCCAAAACAGUUGUAGGUAUGAAGCUUGUGUGUGCAGUGGCAACAAAGUAGAAACAAUAGCAUCUGGUCCUUUGGGACAGCUGGCGCUGCACUUACCAGAACUAAAAGAUUUAUUCUCAAAAGGAUCCAAUGCUGUCUUCAAACUUCAACCACCUAAAAAUCAUGAUGGUUGGUUCACAAAAUUGACAGUGACAAGAUUUCUACAUAUUGUUGGUUCACCGGACAUACUAAAUACUGCCAGAGCUAUUGAAAAUGAGAUAAAUCAGCUGGAGGAGGCCAGAAACUUUCACCUUUCUUUGUAUAUCAAGGAUCAUCGUCAUAAUUCUGGAGAUGGAGAAACAGACAGCUGCAACUUGAAUGGUAUGGCACCAGAGCUAAAAGAUGUAGAUGAUAUUGUGUCGUCAGAUGCAUCAAAGAAUGAAUUACUGCGAGCAAUGGACUUGAGAUUAACAACAUUAAGAGGGGAAUUAGCUGCUGCUUUCAACCGCGCUACUGGUGCCACUUGUUCUCCAAAGGAUAUCACUGAUAUUGUAAAGCUUUCUCAACAUUUUGGAGCCAUAGAUUUGAGGGAUACUUUGCAUAAGUUUGUAGAACUGAACCAAAUGGGCCAGACUGUUGAUCUACCAAGUGAUAAAAAGUCACAUUCCGAAAUUAAUUCAAGAAAUGAUAGGAUUGAGUCAGAGUCAAAUUCUCAGGUAUCAAAAUCAUCACAAUCAGAUACACCAGUAAAGUAUGGUGUCUCCCCGGCAAAAGCUGCGCAGGUUGAGCGGCAGAGUUCAACAGAAAGUGAAGAAUCUUCUUACUCUGAUGAGGAGGAGGACCGGCCAACUGUGGAAAGAAGCCGGACUCUUAUCAGGUCUGCAUCACCUAGAAGGUCAGCAUCUCCGAUGCGGAGGAUCCAAAUCGGGCGAUCUGGGUCACGCAGAGCUACUGCACUAACCAUUAAGAGCCUCACUUUUUUUCCUGCCAGGGAUAGAACAUUAACUCAAAUAGAUGCAACUGCAAACAGUAGUGAAGAGGAAGGAUCUGAGCAACCCCCCAAAAUAUCAGAAACUAAUGUUCAGAGAAUGAGUGUGCAAGCUGCAAUCAGUCUUUUUGAAAGUAAACAAAGAGAUCAAACUUCAGAUAUUCAGACGAGGAGGUCAACUAUCGAUGCAUCUAUGAAUAAAUCUGUGCUGAGAAGAUGGAGUGCAGGUACAGGGGAAAAUUCCACCCAACGCCUCCCAGAAACUGUUUCUUCAAGUUCUGUUCCAAUGACUUCCAAUAAUGUAGAGGGUGGAGAAAUUCCAAAGAGUACAGUAGAAGCCAAAACAGAGUCUGAUUUUAUUUCUCGAGAUCAUAAUCCUGUUGAGACUGCUCAAGUAGAUGCCAUAGGCAGUCGAGCAGAUAUUCUGGUAACCCAAAGAGAGGAAAAUGCUGAAAAAUUAACAGCCAUGGCUGAAUGGAACCGGCAGAAGGAAGCAGAGUUGAAUCAGAUGCUGAUAAAAAUGAUGAAAAGUGAGCCUGCUAGACAUUGGAAUAUAACACCUGAUAAUAACAGAAGCCCAGAUGUUCCACACGAGCAGAGAGGGGGCUUUUAUGAUCACUACAAAGAAAAAAGGGAUGAAAAACUUCGGGGAGAAACAGCAAGAAAGCGAGCAGAGAAACAAGCACAAUUUAGAGCUAUGCAGCAAAUUCUUAAUGAAAGAAAAGCUGAAAUGGCCUCUGUGAAUACAAAUGAUGUUGGCACAAAAAAUUCCCUGGCUAAGCCCCAAAAAUCACAUAGGAGUUCAACACAAUCUGCAAAACCCAAGAACGAAUCCUCAAAACCUGCUGUUGCGAAAAAACCUUUAUCUAAGGCGUCACCAUCACCUGCUGUUCGCAAGUCAUGGCCGUCGACACCAUCACCAAGAGCUAUGGGGACAUCACCAGCUAAAACUCCUUGUGGAACUUCAUCUACUGGCACUAUACCUAAUCGCCGGAAACCCCAGCCAACACCAUCGGUUCCUCAAUCAAGCCCAAAGGUGGAACGAUCCCAGCAGCGGCCGAAAAAUGUUAAGGCAACCCAAAUUAACACUAGCAAGACCAUGAAAGGUGUGACUGAGAAGAAGCAGCAACCAUUAACAAAAAAUGGGAAAACUGCAAAAGCAAAUGGUCAGACAGCUACUGGAAAGGAUUGUUCAAUGGUUGCAGCAAAGCCUAGUUUGUAUAACAAGGUAACCAAGAAGAGCAGUGUGGUGCCACUGGAGUCAAAGCCUUUCCUCCGUAAGGGCUCUGGUAUUGGCCCUGGUGUCAGUCCUGUUGUUAUCAAGACAAAAGUUUCUUCUCCUCAGCCUGAGGAAACUUUGAAAAACUCUAGAAAUCUGAUUGAAGCUCAGGAAAAUGUGGUUACAGACACUUUUGAGCCUGUCAGUCAGCAACAGGAGGGUGAUCUUGAAGCGCCAGAAACUCAUACUGAUUUAGAAUCAGAAACUCAGUUAACUAGCCAGAAAUGUGAUGACACGGCGAGCUCAGAGCAAGUUCCUGACAAUGGUGAUGGUAACUUUGAAAGGGAGAUGGAAUCUGAAUUGAAGACUGAGACUGAAGAAGAAUUAUUCAUUUCCCCAAUGGCCUGGGUAGAAAAAGAAGAACAUCAAGAUCCGCCAAUUCCAUGUGAUGAGAGCACAUACCAAGUUCCAUCUUUGGCCAAUGUUGGGCCAGCAGCAAUGUUGAGUCCACGUGUCCGACACUCUUUGUCACAAAUGCUGCUGGAAGAGAUUGCGGAAACAGAUAUUACUGAGUGGGGAAAUGCUGAGAAUCCACCUGCAAUGAUCUAUCAAAAAGAUGAACCUAAAGGGUUUAAGAGGCUCUUGAAAUUUGCCCGAAAGAGUAGAGCAGAUCCAAAUUUAACAGGUUGGUCUAGCCCAUCAGUCUUUUCUGAAGGAGAGGAUGAUGCUGAGGAAUCUAAAGGUCUUAGUAAGAAAAAUGCUGACAAUCUAUUGAGGCAGGCUGCUCUUCAGGCGAAGAACAAUGACCAGCAAAAUACUUCAUUAGGUGGAGGCUAUGAGAAAAAUUCAGCUGGUAAUGAACUACUUUCUGGUACAUUUUCAUUCCAUGCCUAAUAUCAUUUCUGUCCAUGAGCAUUGAACUGGGAUCCUAUCAAUAUGACAUAUUGAUUGUAAUAAUAAAAGCAUUUAAAAAGGAAAGCGAGUUUGUGUCAUUAAAGCUUUGUCACACCUGGAAAACUUUCCUUUUGUAUUUAAAGUGGCACAAAUACCACCAAGUAAAUUAUGAGAGAAACUUGGGUAGUAUCCUAUAUAUCACACGCACCAGCGCAUGUGGCUCAAUGUGGCACUAUUAGUGGCACACUUGGCACUUGGACACGUCGCAUGUGCACGUGUGAUCAAGUUUGUGCGGUGAUUUUUUAGUUUCAGAAUCAUGUGAGAAA